CACCCGAUUUCAACGAGUGAUCGGAGGUGCGCAGGCAAGUAAGCAGCUCCCGCGAUGCCAGCCAUGGAAGCCAAACUCACCGGCCAAGAAACCAUCGCAGAGAUCAUGAUGAAGAGGGACAGCGACGACGACGCCGACGACGAACUGCCCAGCGCCGGUGGAGGCAGCGACAGUAGUCAGGAUGCGAUGGUCUUCACUGACGAGGACGACGACGAGCUGUUCGAGCUCGACAUCUCGCUCCUCCGCGGCUUCGACGACGACGACGUCCAGGACCGACACCGCGCUAGUGACGGCGCUGGUGAUUGCGCACAUGCCCUGCUGGCCAACUGCUUGCUGCCGGUGAGCUCGGUCAGCAUGGCGGUGCCGGUGACGGCGAACGACGCCGUCUCAGCCUGCUACGCGUUCUCCACGUACAACAGCCCGAGGAGGUUCAGCGUCGGCAUCAGUGGCGGUGGCAGGAGGAAGCUUGGGCGUGCAGCAGCUGACGGCGGCAUUUCCAGCUGGGCGAGGUUUCGCCUCUCCAGCAGGGGAUUCGCAACCGUGGGGAAUUUCCAGAGAUAGCUGUUCCAUCCUCCGUGUAUACGAAAGAAAUGUCAACACGCAAAUGUGUAAUAUGAUGUGAAAUAGGGCCCCACUAUCAACUCAAAACAAAAAAAAAGUUAUCCUUCUGCA